AUGACCGAUACAAAAAUUGAAGACCUACGAUUACCUGCGGCGGUUGUGAGCCGAAUAGUCGACAAGGCUAUCGGACCAACAGGAACUGUGUCGAAGGAAGCUCGGACAGCGAUUGCUCGUGCUGCGUCUGUCUUCAUCCUCAACGUCACAUCUUAUGCGAAUGAUUAUGCUGUGACGAAGAAGCGAAAAGCUUUGUCACCUGAGGAUAUAUAUCAGUUAGCUGACUAUUUGAAAACACAAAUGUUUAUUGAAUGUGAUCACAUCGUUACUCCAUUGGCGGACGAGCUUGAGGCAUGGAAAUCAAAUAAGGCUCAACGAUCGGAGGAGAGAAAGCGAAAGGCGGAUAAGAAAGCAGUAGCAAAAACAACGGGUGAAGACGGCUCAUUCACAAUCGCACCAUCGGAGGAGAUGCGUUGA